AUGAGCUGGUCCGACCUGCCGGCCGACCUCGUAGCGGCGAUCGCCGACAGGAUCACCGACCACGCCGACUUCGCUUGCUUCCGCUCCGUGUGCCCGCCCUGGCGCUCGGCUUCAGCUGCGCACGCCGCCGGCCGACGCGUUCCCCUGCUCCUCCUGCCUGCCGAGUACCAGCUCCGCGUUGACCGGCACCUCUGGUCGCUCGCCGACGACAGCAUCGCGGCGAUCCCGUUGCCCGCCGCCCUCGGCUUCUUCCUCUUCGCCUCGCCGCGCGGCUGGGCACUCGCCGUGGACCACUACUUCUCGGCCGCGCUGCUGCACCCCUUCACCGGCGCCUCGGCCGCCCUGCCCGAGCUGCCACCCUCGUUCCGCGGCGACCUCAUCGUGCGCCGUGACACCGUGUGGGAUCAUUCGCCACAGCAUGCCGUCAUGAUCGCGCGGCGGACCAGGAAACCGUGCUCCAGCGCCGCCUUCUUCUGCCGGCCGGGAGACGGGUCGUGGAGCCCGGUGGAGUGCGCGGAGGAGAUCGGGCAGGUCAGCAGCAUCGCCUACUGCGACGGCGCGUUCUACCUCUUCGACGGAGAGACCCGCAGGACGAUCGGCGUGGACUGCGAGACCUUCGCGGUGGCCACCGUGAUCGAGCCGCCGCCGGUGACGCUUAUUGUGCCAGACGAGCACUUGCUCACCUGGAAUCAGCCCAGAGCAGAGUCCACGCUCGUCGUGUCGUCCGCCGAAGAUUUCCUCGUGAUCGUCAGGCAACAGCCGGAAGGAUCUUACGGCGGCCCGGGGGAAGAGGUUUCGAUCGAGGCCUUCUGCUGGGACCGCCGGAGCUGGGCGGAGGUGGGCGACAUCGGCGAUCGCGCCGUGUUCGUGGACAGCUUCCGGGGGUUCUGCGUGGAAGCCAACGGGGUCAACGGGGUGCGGAGGAACUGCGUCUACGUCGCCGACGCGAGCAGCGACGGGACGUGCACCGUCUCCGUGCUCGACCUCGCCGGCCUCGCCACCGAGCGUCUCUCGCUCGGGAACCUCGGCAGCCACCGGUGCGGUAGAUUCUGGCAACGGCCUUCCUGGUCCAUGCCGAAUCUGCACUGA